AUAUGAAAUGGCAUAUAUGCCCUUCUCAUCUUUUUGAUUUCCCACCUUAACUUUACCUCCAAAUCGUCCAAAACAAGGGGUAGUCACAAAAGCCCAUAACCCAGAACCAGCAAACACAUCACCUAUCUAUGCCAAAAAAAACCUGUUUCAGAAACUGCCAUCUGUUUUUCUUAAUCUGUGACUCAAGCUUCUCCUCUUAAAAUCCCAAUUUUCAUUUAUGUCACCCGUCAAAUUCGAACCAAAUUAAAUACACUCAUUUUAAUAAUCCAGAUUAUUGUUCCUCUCUCAACAAACUUGUGAAGAAGCUCCUAUUUUGAGAGAGGGGGAAGGAAAAGAACAAGAGCAAAGAAAAUGGCUAUUUGCACAGUGUACACAGCUCACUUGAACUCAACAUGUUCAAUCUCCACACCCAUGAAAACCCACUUGGGUUUUAACCAAAAACAAGUGGUUUUUUACAAGAGAAGUAGCAGAAGAGGGGGCAGUAGCUCAGGGAGUCCUUGUGUGAUAACAUGCUCUGCCGGUGACUCACAGACGGUUGUGAUUGGUCUGGCAGCAGAUUCAGGGUGUGGGAAAAGCACUUUCAUGAGGAGGCUAACUAGUGUGUUUGGUGGUGCAGCAGAGCCACCAAAGGGCGGUAACCCAGAUUCCAACACCCUUAUCAGUGACAUGACUACAGUGAUUUGUUUGGAUGACUAUCACUCACUUGAUAGGACUGGAAGGAAGGAAAAAGGAGUCACCGCACUUGACCCAAGAGCAAAUGAUUUUGAUCUCAUGUAUGAGCAAGUUAAAGCACUCAAGAGUGGAAUUGCUGUUGAUAAACCAAUUUAUAAUCAUGUUACUGGUCUCUUGGAUCCUCCUGAGCUCAUCAAGCCCCCAAAGAUCCUUGUCAUUGAAGGCUUGCAUCCAAUGUUUGAUGAGCGUGUGAGGGAGCUUUUGGACUUCAGUAUCUAUCUAGACAUAAGCAAUGAGGUUAAGUUUGCAUGGAAAAUCCAGAGGGACAUGGCAGAGAGAGGACACAGUCUAGAGAGUAUUAAGGCUAGUAUCGAAGCCCGGAAACCAGAUUUUGAUGCUUAUAUUGACCCACAAAAACAGUACGCGGAUGCUGUCAUAGAAGUGUUGCCAACUCAAUUGAUUCCGGACGAUAAUGAAGGAAAGGUUUUAAGAGUAAGGUUGAUAAUGAAAGAAGGAGUAAAGCAUUUCAGCCCUGUUUACUUGUUUGAUGAAGGUUCCACAAUCUCAUGGAUACCAUGUGGAAGAAAGCUUACCUGCUCUUACCCUGGCAUCAAAUUCUUUUAUGGCCCUGAAACUUACUUUGGCCACGAGGUGUCGGUUCUGGAGAUGGAUGGACGAUUUGACAGAUUAGAUGAGCUGAUAUACAUUGAAAGUCAUCUAAGCAAUAUCUCUACCAAGUUCUACGGGGAGGUCACUCAACAAAUGUUGAAACAUGCAGAUUUCCCCGGUAGCAACAAUGGAACAGGUCUAUUUCAAACAAUAAUUGGAUUAAAAAUCAGAGAUCUCUAUGAGCAAAUUAUCGCUAGCAAGACAGCAGUUCCAUUGGAAGCAACAAAAGCUUGAAAGCUAAUGAAGCAGCAAGGAAGCUUGAAGCUAUCCACUGGUAACAGAUCAUGUGUCGACAAAAAAAUUCUUCUUCUCAGUUUUUUUUUUCCCUUUUCCACUCUCUCUGGUGUUUCGGUUUGGGUAGUAGGUUUUAUUCCUGAUGAGAAUGUACCUAUUGUAUUUACUUGCUGUUGUAAUUCUGUGAAGAUCUGUAUUAUAGAGAAGCAAAAGCAGAGAUGAUAAUUCAGUUAAACCAAGUUCAUAACAGAUUGAACUUUUUUU